AUGGGCGUCUUUCGCAAACGUGAAGAUCGCUUGCCGGUCUACGAGAGGUCGUCCUCCCCAGCCAAAGAACGCUACUCCAACGAUGGCUACUCCUCAGACGAAGACUACCGACCGCACAGACGAGAUGUGUCGUCUAGCUCGUCAACGAGCGCUUCAGGCUCCAAUGCGAGCGCUACGCCUAUGCUCUCAAGGCGGCGGCAGCCCAGACUACCGCGCGUCGCCAACAUGUACCCAUAUCGAUUACCGACCAAGGUGACGCGGUACUUGUGUAUCGCAUUAUUCGGUACCCUCAUGCUCAUAAUCCUCAGCUUGAUGAGGGCCAGCCAGGUCGAGAACUGGAAAGUAGAAAACGGCCAAACAGAGAACCGACCGCCGCCUCCACCUGUGUGGGAGCGGUUCCCAUUCAUAGAGCGAUACUACGGUGGUGUUCGUCGCUUGAAGUCUCUGGAAAACAGUAAACCAGAGUACCCCGAGUCCGACCACCAGCCCAACUCUCAAUCGCAAGACUCGCAGGAAUAUUCGCAGCCCGAGAGCCAACCUUGGAGCAAGUACAAAGGCAGGGUCGACGAGCCUGAUAUUGAAGAGUGUUUCCUCGAUGCUGCCGGUACAAUUCGCGUUCCCCAAGUUCACUUCUACAACGGCCGCCCCGAGGGAUUCCCUCGCCAUGUCUCUGGGUCAUAUGAUGUUCUAGACUUGCCCGAAGAUAUCUGCUUUGAGCGCUAUGGAAGAUUUGGUCCCUAUGGCUUUGGAUAUUCCGUCAAUACUGGUGGUCUGGGCACUGGUGAGAAUGGAGAUAAGGAAGGCGCUGCUGCCAUCUGGCAAUCGUCUCCCCGUGUGGACUACAAGUCCAUUGACUGGGCUGAUGUCCAACGGCGAUGCUAUAGGUCCAAUGCAAAGCGUUUCAAGGACAUGCCUGCAAAGGUGUCCACGCGCCGCGGAUUUUAUAUCGAUGACGCUGCGGGGAAGAAGACCAAUGCUCAUAAACGAGACGCUCCCGACGAUGGACCUGAGAAACCCAAACCAAGCGGCCAGGACAAGGAGCAAAAGACUGAAUCCGACGAUCAAGCAAUUCGUAUUCCGCCCGAGAAGAAGUCAAGGACUGCUGUUGUCAUCCGGGGGUAUGACGAGUACUUCUACAGAGAAGAUGAUAUCGCAGCCAUCCGAGCUAUGAUUUCUGAACUUUCUUUGGCAUCUGGUGGCCGAUAUGAUAUUCAUCUCCUGGUCCAGAUCAAGGAUGACGCAAGACACCCUAUCUGGGCUGACGAGGAAGCUUACCAGGCGAGAAUCAGAGACACAAUUCCUGAAGAAUUCCGUGGACUGGUCACUCUUUGGACCGAGACGCAAAUGUUGUCACUGUACCAAGGCAUCUAUGAUCUCUACACCCGAGGUCCAGACCUGCCUGUUCAUGGUGUGUACCGAGGACUGUCCAUGGCUAUGCAACACUUUGCCUACCUGCACCCCGAAUACGACUACUUCUGGCAAUGGGAAUUGGAUGUGCGAUACAUUGGCCAUUACUAUGAUCUGUUUUCUAAGAUUGAGCGAUGGGCCAAGGCACAACCCCGAAAGGGUCUUUGGGAGCGGAACUCGAGAUUCUAUUUCCCUGAAGUCCAUGGUACAUGGGAUGACUUCAGUCAAUUGAGCCGAGUCCAGACCGAAAUGGGAGCCGCUGGUGCAGACAAUGUGUGGAAAGAUGUUCCAGGUGUUGAUAACCCCGACAAGGCUUCGAAACCAAGGAAGAUGGUCUGGGGUCCUAUGCGACCUGCUGAUGAUAAUGAUUGGUUCGAGCCCGGAAACGACCCAAUCCCACCAGCCGGUGGUCCAGAGAAGGACCGCUUCGAAUGGGGCGUUGGAGAGGAGGCUGAUUACAUCUCACUUAGCCCCAUGUUUGACCCCGAGGGCACGACUUGGGGACUGAGAGAUGAUAUUACCGGUUAUAAUCGAACAGAGAUGCCCCCUCGUCGAGCCAACAUUAUCACCACAUCCAGAAUGUCGCGUCGGCUGCUUCUCCUGAUGCACAAGAUGACUGCAUAUAAGAAGCAAUUUGCCUUCCCUGAGAUGUGGCCUGCCACAGUUGCUCUUCAGCACGGCCUCAAGGCAGUUUAUGCACCUCACCCCAUGUUUGUCGAUCGGAAGUGGCCAUUGGAUUACAUGUCCCAAGUCUAUAAUGGUGGACGUGAUGGCACUAGCGGUGGAUCUCGUGCAAGCAUGUUUGGCGACAGAGAGCACAACAUGCACGGAAUUUCCUGGUUUUAUCGAUCUGGAUUCGCACCAAACCUUUACAGAAGAUGGCUAGGCCUCAAAGUCAAUAAUGAUGGUGGAGAAGACUUUGAACUGACAGAAGACAAGACGAAGAGCGGUGGUUCCGUUGGUGAGAUGCCUGGAGGUGAAGGACGAAUGUGUCUGCCUCCGGUCCUCCUUCAUCCCGUGAAGGAGGUUGAGAUACCGGUCGAAGCUCCUUUAGAGGCACCACCCCAAACGGAGGCGAAAGAUGAUGGAGGUCAAUAUGAUAUUCUGGAUCCCGGGGCGUAG